GUGAGACUCCAAAUCAGAGGCUUCAGUUCAGACUCGGGACCCUGCCCUUCUUCCAAGAUAAAGUGUUUUUGUUUUCAUUAUAAAAAUAAAUUAAAAAUAUCUUUUAAAAAAAUUGCAGUGGCAGCACACACAUCUUUGUGUUUCAAAAAUGGAACCUAAUGACAACCAACUCACCUCUUUCUUCCACCACCACCACCAACAGCACCAACACCACCAGCCGCCGCCACCACCGCAGACCACGGCGUCUCCGACCAACGGGCUCUUGCCGAACGCGGAUGGGUCCCACAUACUUUACCCCCACUCUGUGGCGUCCGCUGUUUCGUCGCAGCUUGAACCGGCGAAGCGGAAGCGCGGGCGGCCGAGGAAGUACGGAACGCCGGAGCAAGCUCUGGCCGCGAAGAAAGCCGCUACGACGUUGUCUCAUUCGUUCUCUGUGGACAAGAAGCCCCACUCCCCGACGUUCCCUUCCUCCAAGAAAUCCCAUUCCUUCGCUCUAGGCAAUGCAGGGCAAGGGUUCACUCCGCAUGUCAUUUCUGUUGCUGCUGGUGAGGAUGUUGGCCAGAAAAUUAUGUUAUUUAUGCAACAAAGUAGGCGUGAGAUGUGUAUUCUGUCUGCAUCUGGUUCCAUCUCUAAUGCCUCUCUUCGCCAGCCAGCAACCUCAGGAGGCAGCAUUGCAUAUGAGGGUCGGUUUGAGAUUAUUUCACUUACUGGUUCUUAUGUCCGUAAUGAACUUGGAACUCGAACUGGUGGUCUCAGUGUAUGCUUAUCUAAUACUGAUGGACAAAUCAUAGGUGGUGGAGUUGGUGGGCCGCUUAAAGCAGCUGGUCCAGUUCAGGUCAUCGUUGGAACAUUCUUUAUUGACAACAAGAAGGAUACUGGUGCUGGUGUUAAAGGUGACAUCUCUGCCAGCAAGUUGCCAUCUCCAGUUGGUGAACCGGUAUCAAGUUUAGGUUUCCGCCAAUCAGUUGACUCUCCCAGUGGUAAUCCAAUCCGGGGAAAUGAUGAGCAUCAAGCUAUGGGGGGAAGUCAUUUCAUGAUUCAACAGCUUGGUUUGCAUGGGACGCCUCCCCGGUCCACAGACUGGGGUCAUCCGGAUUCAAGAAAUACUGGUUUUGAGUUGACAGGUUUCCUAUCUGCAGGAAGGAUAGGUCAUGGGGCGCACCAGUCUCCUGAGAAUGGAGGCUAUGAACAAAUUCCCGAUUGAAGAACCAAGAUGGCUUUUGGAUUUGAUAGCAGUGAUGAAUUUGCGGUAGAUGUAUGAUAUCUCUACAUACCACCAGUCUUUGUCACGUGAUGCUGUUUAUAGUAUGCACCAUUCAUUAAGGAUCGCGGCUUCUGAAAAUUAAUACUCGUGCAUCUCCUUGAAAAUAUUGUUCUGCCUCGUUUACUGAUGUUGUAUUUAUAAAUCACUAAAUCAGGGCUGCUUCAUUUUUGCGGGCCUGUUAGUUUAUACCGGGAUAAAUAUAAUAGAUAUAUGCUUCCUAGAUUAGCUAAUCUAUUGUGGACUAUAUUUUCCUUCCAUUUUCAAGGUGCAGUCUUAAUAUUGUUCAAAAUUCUAUCAAGCAUAUAUUAUUAUGGUUCUUAAUUUAUAAGCUUAUUCGGAAA